AUGGCUAUUCCGUGGAAUAUUCGCGGAUCAGCGUCUCCGCUGUUCUUCCAAGAUAAACAAUCAUCUCAAUACGAAGCGUUGCUUGCAAUUGCGGAUGUGCCUCAUCCAGAUCGGUCGAUCCUUGGAGCCUUCAUCGAGGAAGCGUUUGAACCCCAAGAGGCAGCUUGGUAUUUCCUUCGUAUGACCAGUGCUAGAGAAAACUCUCGACCAAAAAAAACAGUGUCGCAGUUCUUAUCGGAAUGGAAAACUGUCAUUGAAAAGUUUCGGCCGACACGAGCAACCUCACUAUCCAGGGAGACACGGCUGCUCAUCUACGAAAGAGAUGGGGGAUGCUGUUGCCUUACGCAUACGCCCUUCAAAUCAUGCUCAGAUAAAGACGCGGACUACGUCCAAAUGGUCUCGCCUCAUAUGCUUUCUGAUUCAAAUUUAUCCGAAGGGGCUGCUCUUUCUGAAAUGCUUGAAGCUUUCUUGUCACCAAAGAUGGUGGAGAAUUUGCGCUCUGCUUUCUCUAGCCCGCAUCAUCAGGGGUCAGAGAGACUUGAUAACCUUUGGUUGUUGUCCACAAAAGCAUUUGAUGCUAUACAAAAAGGUGAAGUAUACUUCACGCUUCAAAGUUGGGCAAAGCAUCCUGAUACGACAAUCAGUCAGAGCUAUAAUGUGGAUAUCAACAUGUUCGCCCGCCGACUUAGUCUGCGCCACUCUUUGUUGACAAACACAAUGACCCUUGAGAAUCAUACACCUCAACUAACUCCUAUACUUAACAAAGAACUACUUAGCCUUCAUGCGCGUUUCUCAAAAUCACUGGCGUGGAUGGAGACAGAAAGACAAAUGAAUGCGACCCCUGGUGGUGCUAUCGGUGGGGCUCGUGACUAUUGUCAACGAAUUAUUUCUGAUUGGUGCGUAGAGUCACGAAAAUUGUGUCCCUCUUUGUCAUUGCACGUAAUCAUCCCAAGUUUUAGAUGGAUAUGGAAACUGUUACCGUCUUUUGUUCGAGCUUCUGUUUACGAUGGAUUACUCUGGGCGGGCUCUCGCAUAUAUGGCCCAUCUCUUUCAAUGACAGUCUAUAAGCUACCAUUUGGCUUGUACUUGCGCAGGGGAUCGCCACUUCUGGCGCCGAGAUACCACGUUGAAGCUCGUACAUUGCGCCUGAUAGAGCAGUCGACCAGUAUUCCUGCGCCACGAGCGAUCCAUGUACUGGAUACCCCUCGCUUUUCGUACUUGCUCAUGACUUGUGUUCCUGGACGUCCCAUUGGGCAAAUGCUGGAUACAAUGACUGAUGAAGAGGUGAAGCAAGUCGUAUCUGACCUGAAAAGAUAUGUUUCAGAGCUUCGAGAGAUACCAAACAAAGCAACAGAAUUCCAAAUUUGCAAUUCAGAGGGCGGUGGUAUCCUAGAUUGGCGGAUCCCUGAUAGUCAGCGUGACGAAAUACGGUUCAAAACUGAAACUGAGUUUAAUCAGUAUCUAACGGACCCUUUUUGGGAUGAAAUUCGAAGACGCGCGGCUAUAUCACACGAUAUCCGCCACAAGAUUGUUUUUACUCAUGGCGACCUAAACCCAAGGAAUAUCCUCGCCGAGAAUGGGAAAAUAACGGGUAUCGUUGAUUGGGAAAAUGCAGGCUGGUUCCCAGAAUACUGGGAGUAUACCAAGGCUCAUUACAGCGUCCGAAGCUUGGCACGCUGGCUUGGAGAUGUCAUCGACCGGGUAAUUGAAGGGUACCGAGACGAAUUGGCGGUGGAGAAUAUGCUUUCUGACCUUUUAAGUCCGUUCUAG